GAUAAAUGUAUAAAUGUGGUUGUAAGGUUGAACCAUAAGCUCUAGUUGCAGAGAUGGCCACACAUGCAGCUCUUGCUUCCUCGAGGAUUCCUACUAACACUAGGAUUCCUUCCAAGGCUUCCCACCACAGCCAUGCCACUCCGUGCUUUUCAAAGAGAUUGGACGUGGCUGAAUUCUCGGGUCUUCGAUCUAACACAUGUGUGACCUAUGCCAAACAUGCAAGAGAAGCGUCCUUCUAUGAUGUUUUGGCUUCCCAGCUCACUCCCAAGACCGUUGGAUCGACCCCGAUUAAAGGAGAGACAGUCGCAAAGCUGAAGGUGGCCAUUAAUGGCUUUGGACGUAUCGGUCGGAACUUCCUCCGUUGCUGGCAUGGUCGGAAGGACUCACCACUCGACGUCAUCGUUGUGAAUGACAGCGGUGGUGUGAAGAACGCAUCUCACCUUCUCAAAUAUGAUUCGAUGCUCGGAACGUUUAAAGCAGAUGUGAAAGUCGUGAACAAUGAAACAAUUAGUGUUGAUGGUAAGCCGAUCAAGGUUGUGUCCAAUCGCGAUCCCUUAAAGCUACCGUGGGCCGAACUAGGCAUUGAUAUUGUCAUUGAGGGCACAGGAGUUUUCGUGGAUGGCCCGGGUGCAGGAAAACACAUACAAGCCGGCGCUACGAAGGUCAUCAUAACAGCCCCAGCCAAAGGGGCUGACAUUCCAACCUACGUUGUCGGAGUGAAUGAAGGCGACUACUCCCAUGAGGUGUCAAACAUCGUAAGCAACGCAUCUUGUACCACGAACUGCCUAGCUCCUUUCGUGAAGGUCCUGGACGAAGAGUUCGGAAUUGUCAAGGGAACCAUGACAACCACUCAUUCCUACACUGGCGAUCAGAGGCUACUUGAUGCGUCCCACCGUGACCUGAGACGAGCAAGAGCUGCAGCAUUGAACAUUGUUCCUACAAGCACUGGCGCAGCCAAGGCCGUGUCUUUAGUGCUGCCCCAGCUCAAGGGCAAGCUAAACGGGAUUGCUCUCCGAGUGCCUACUCCCAACGUCUCAGUCGUCGAUCUUGUUGUGAAUGUUGCAAAGAAGGGACUUAGUGCCGAGGACGUCAAUGGAGCCUUCAGAAAGGCUGCUGAUGGCCCACUAAAUGGAAUCUUGGCGGUCUGCGAUGUGCCACUUGUUUCAGUGGACUUCCGUUGCAGCGAUGUCUCCUCCACCAUUGAUUCAUCACUGACUAUGGUGAUGGGGGAUGAUAUGGUCAAAGUGGUAGCAUGGUAUGACAAUGAAUGGGGAUACAGCCAACGUGUGGUCGAUUUGGCACAUUUGGUGGCAAGCAAGUGGCCUGGAGUUGCCGUGCCCGGAAGCGGAGACCCUUUGGAAGAGUUCUGCAAGCAGGAACCUGCGACGGAGGAGUGCAAAGUCUAUGAAGCUUAAAGCAUUACAUUCUUUCUGAUCAAAGAAAAGAUUAUUAAUUGUAUGAUUUGUGAUUAACAUAAUGGCUAUUAAGGCCUAAGGUUUUCUACACUUCCUUUUUUAAGUGAAGGUUUGCAGGGAAAAUGAAUAAUUUCUUAAUCUUAGAAUAAUGCAUUUGGAGGAAUGCUCUUUCUUUC